UUAGGUCCAAAAGCGCUAUUUAAGUAGAUUUAUAAUAUUCAAUUUUAAAAUUUUAACGUAUUAAGUUUUAGAAAUAUGGUGCCACUGCUAUUUGUUUUUUGGGUAUUCCAAAUUGUUUCCUGUCAAAUUGUAUUCGAAGAGUCAUGCACCACGGUGGCUGAAACCCAUGGCAUAUGCCUCGACGUCUCGCUAUGUGAGCCGUAUCUGAAACUGUUGAAGAAGUUCGGCCACACGUCCAAAGUCCACGAUCUGCUGAAGAAGUCCACGUGCGGCUAUAAUGGCACUACUCCCAAGGUAUGCUGUCCUCGGAAACCCAUACAAACUCCGACUACAGCGCCCUCGCAAACAGCCACUGUUAAUAAUUCCGUAAGAAAUAAUGGGGAAAAAGCCGAUUACAUUGCUGCGUUUCCAUCCCCACCUGAAUGUGGGAUAAGUAAUGCUAGUUUCAGCAGAAUCGUUGGUGGGGUGGACGCUGAACUUGGUGAUUUGCCCUGGAUGGCGUUGCUGGGCUAUGCAGCAAGGUCAGACCGUGCAAACUGGCUUUGCGGCGGAUCUUUAGUCAGUGCCCGCCACGUCGUCACCGCGGCGCACUGUAUACACCGAAAGGAAAACUCUUUGUACAUCGUUCGCCUGGGAGAGCUGGACCUUGAGAGGGAGGAUGAAGGUGCAACUCCUUUAGACGUGCACAUAAAGCGAAUGAUAAAACACGAGCUUUACAACCCCAAGUCGUUUGCAAACGACAUCGGCCUUUUGGUGUUGCAAGAAGACGUGCAUUUUACCAAACUAAUAAGACCAAUCUGCUUACCUUGGGAUGAAAAACUGCGGUCUGCAGACUUGGUUGACUGGACACCUUUCGUAGCUGGAUGGGGUAAACUAAGUACUCAUGGAGCUCAAGCGACUCAUUUACAAGUUUUGCAGCUACCAGUGUUAUCCAACGACGUGUGCAAGCACAAUUUCUCCUUGUACAAGGACCUAGAGAUAGAUGACCGUGUACUUUGUGCUGGGUAUACCACGGGUGGCAAAGACGCCUGCAAGGGCGACAGUGGAGGGCCGCUGAUGCAGGCUUUUCCGAUAAACCACACGUCUAUCUUCCAUCAAAUCGGAGUAGUAUCGUUUGGGCUGUUGGAUUGCGCGCGGCCCGGGUUCCCAGGCAUCUACACCAGGGUCACCAGCUUCAUACCUUGGCUGCGAAGACACGCCCUUGGAUCUCCAUAAACCUAAGCCGAAAAUACUAGUGUACCUACUCGCACUCGCGGUGCACGGGAAAUAUUUCUAAUAUUCACAAGGAAAUAAAUAUCCCGAGAAAUAAACG